AUGCGGUUCAGCGUGACAGCCACGACGGCCAUCAUUGCGUGCUCACUAAUAGCCGCAGCUUAUGUCGGUGUGCUAUAUACGCUACCUCAUGCGAUUCGGAGGCUUCCACGCGAUCACCCAACUCACAUAUUAGCGCGCUUCUUGCUCAUCUGCAUCUUCUGUGCCUUCUGUCCCUUUGUGCUUGCAGUUUUCUACGAUCAUGAUGAUGCUAGCAUGUCAUUCGCGCAGUGGCUCGGAAUCCGACGGGAAGGCUUGACGCAAGCAAUUUUUAUGCCGCUAUUCGUGACGUCUGUGCUCUUUACGGGCUCGCUGCUUGCCAACGCGAUGCGGAUGAUCAAUGUGUCUAGACAAUUCCAUUCAAACGGAUUUUGGCUUGCUAUCAAGAACUCAGUACUGUAUUACUCUAUCACGCACGAUCGUUUGCCGUCGCUGCGCACUUACGUGCUGGGUCCACUUACAGAGGAAUUUGUAUUUCGGAGCUGUAUGAUUCCGCUGCUCGUGUGCGCUAAAUUUACUAUCAAGCAGAUAGUUGUAGGCAGUCCGCUAAUAUUUGGAGCAGCUCACUUACACCAUUUCAUGGAAUAUGUUCGACAUGGAAGGUCACUCAAGGACGCAGCACUAAUUGUUGCAGGAUUCCAGCUAGUCUAUACGUCUUUGUUUGGAGCCUACGCUACCUUUAUUUUUUUGCGAACAGGACACUUUGCUUCAAUCUAUUUAGUUCAUGUAUUUUGCAAUGUUAUGGGGUUUCCAGAUCUAGCAUUUUUUAGCCCUGGAAAUCCAUUGCAUCCUUUUCGAAUAGUGUUACUUGGAGCGUACUUUCUUGGCAUUUAUGGCUUCUCCCUAAUUCUUAUGCCGCUGACGGAACCAAUGAUAUAUUCAUCGGAAUUGUGGAACAUUACGGCAUCUGCAACAGAACAAGAAAUUCUGUUGGGGUACACAAAGACAAUUUAA